AUGGCGGCGGAGCGGAGCCGCUCCCCGAUGGGUUCGCCGGUGCCAGCUUGUAUGUUCGCGCCGGAGCCCAGUCCCCCGGGUGCGGCCCGUGCUGCGGCCGCCGCCGCCCGCCUUCAUACGGGCUUCGACUCGGACUGCAGCGAAGACGGGGAGGCGCUCAACGGCGAGCCCGAGCUGGACCUCACUAGCAAGCUGGUGCUAGUAAGCCCAACAUCGGAGCAGUAUGACAGCCUCCUUCGACAGAUGUGGGAGAGGAUGGACGAGGGAUGUGGAGAGACCAUCUAUGUCAUUGGGCAGGGAUCAGAUGGGACUGAGUAUGGGCUGAGUGAGGCAGACAUGGAGGCCUCUUACGCCACUGUUAAGAGCAUGGCCGAACAGAUGGAGGCAGACGUCAUCCUUCUCCGAGAGCACCAGGAGGCUGGCGGUCGUGUACGGGACUACCUUGUCCGGAAGCGGGUUGGAGACAAUGACUUCCUGGAGGUCAGGGUCGCCGUGGUGGGCAAUGUGGACGCAGGGAAAAGCACACUCCUGGGAGUCCUGACUCACGGGGAGCUGGACAAUGGCCGAGGCUUCGCUCGGCAGAAACUCUUCCGACAUAAGCACGAGAUGGAGUCUGGCCGCACCAGCAGCGUCGGCAACGAUAUCCUGGGCUUUGACAGUGAGGGCAAUGUGGUAAACAAGCCUGACAGCCACGGGGGCAGCCUGGAGUGGACCAAGAUCUGUGAAAAGUCCACCAAGGUCAUCACCUUCAUAGACUUGGCCGGCCAUGAGAAGUACCUGAAGACCACUGUUUUUGGCAUGACUGGCCACCUGCCUGACUUCUGCAUGCUCAUGGUGGGUAGCAAUGCUGGGAUUGUGGGCAUGACCAAGGAGCAUCUGGGUCUGGCACUGGCGCUCAACGUUCCCGUCUUUGUUGUGGUCACCAAGAUUGACAUGUGUCCCGCCAACAUCCUGCAAGAGACCCUGAAGCUGCUACAGCGCCUGCUGAAGUCUCCAGGCUGCCGCAAGAUCCCUGUGCUAGUACAGAGCAAGGAUGAUGUGAUUGUGACCGCAUCCAACUUCAGCUCCGAGAGGAUGUGCCCCAUAUUCCAGAUCUCCAACGUUACAGGAGAGAAUCUAGACCUGCUCAAGAUGUUCCUGAACCUGCUGUCUCCACGUACUAGUUACCGGGAGGACGAGCCCGCUGAGUUCCAGAUUGAUGAUACAUACUCUGUGCCGGGAGUGGGGACUGUGGUGUCGGGGACUACCCUGAGGGGCCUCAUCAAACUGAAUGACACGUUACUGCUGGGUCCUGAUCCCCUGGGCAACUUCUUAUCCAUUGCAGUGAAGUCCAUUCACCGCAAGAGGAUGCCAGUGAAGGAGGUGCGCGGAGGCCAGACAGCCUCCUUUGCUCUGAAGAAGAUUAAGCGCUCAUCUAUACGGAAAGGCAUGGUCAUGGUCUCUCCGCGCCUGAAUCCCCAAGCCUCCUGGGAGUUUGAGGCAGAGAUCCUGGUUCUCCAUCAUCCCACCACAAUCAGCCCUCGGUACCAGGCAAUGGUGCAUUGUGGGAGCAUCCGACAGACUGCCACCAUCUUGAGCAUGGACAAAGACUGUCUGCGCACUGGGGACAAGGCCACCGUACACUUUCGCUUCAUCAAGACCCCCGAGUACCUGCAUAUAGACCAGAGGCUGGUGUUCCGAGAAGGCCGCACCAAAGCCGUGGGCACCAUCACCAAGCUUCUCCAGACGACCAACAAUUCACCGAUGAAUGCCAAGCCCCAGCAGAUCAAGAUGCAGUCUACGAAAAAGGGGCCCCUGCCCAAGCGAGAUGACGGGGGGCUGCCUGGUGGGCCAGCCGCAGGGGCACCUCCUGGAGAGGAAGCUUCCCAGCUCGGGGCCAGCCAGCCUGCCCCUUCCAGUGUCCUCCAGCCACAGCCCAAGCCCAGCAGUGGGGGCCGUCGACGGGGAGGCCAGAGGCACAAAGUGAAGUCCCAGGGGGCCUGUGUGAUGCCAGCCAGUGGCUGCUGAGCCCCUCCUGGCUCCACCCACCCACCCAGCCAUCCCUGGAGCCUUCUUUUGUCCACCACCUCCUGUCAUGAUGAACCAGAGCAGCCGUAACUACACAAACCCAGCACCCACCUUCAGCUCCUUCCCCCCCCUAGUGUUCCCCACAGGAUUGUAAUUUAUAAGCUCAAGAAGGGGACCAGAGGAGUGUGGGACUGACCAGCCCCCACUUUCCUCCUGGUCCCUCUGCCCUCCCUUUCCCUGACACAUUUUUGUACAUCUUGGGCCCUUAGUUUUUAUUCCUUUUUAUUAUAUAUAUAAAUAUAAAUAUAUAUAUAGUGUGUGUGUGUGUGCACGCACGU